CUGGGCAGAGGGGCAGGGUCAGAGGGUCAGAGGGUCAGAGGGUGAAGGUCAGAGCGAUGCUGUACUCGGGCCUGCUGACGGAGGGAGGACGGCAGGAGCUGGAGGCCCGGGAGGCCGCCUCCCUGCGCCAGCGCCAGCGCCAGCACCAGCACCAGCAGUUGCAGCGGCAGCAGCUGCAGCAGCUGCAGGGGCAGCAGCAGGGGCAGCAGCAGCAGCAGUUGCAGCAGCACGGGCAGCAGCGGAGGAUGAAGCAGGCCGUGCAGUUCCUGCACAAGGACUCCGCCGACCUGCUCCCGCUGGACGGGCUGAAGAAGCUGGGCACCUCCAAGGACACGCAACCGCACAACAUUCUGCAGCGGCGCCUCAUGGAGACCAACCUGUCGAAGCUCCGGAACCGGGCCCCUUGGGCCCCGAAGAGCGAAGCGGCCAACAAGGCGUCCAGGGGCCACCAGGGGAAGCCUGAGGGGCUGAAGAAGGUGGAGGAAGAGGACAUGAUUCUGGUGUCCUGCCAGUGCUUUGGGAAGGAUUUGAAAGCUGUGGUGGACACCGGCUGUCAGUAUAACCUCAUCUCCUCUGCCUGUUUAGACAGAUUAGGGCUGAAGGAGCAUGUCAAGUCCUAUAAGCACGAUGGGGAGAAGGCCUCCCUGCCCCGGCAUCUCAGAGUUACUGGCCAAAUCGAGCAUCUGGCCCUCACCCUGGGCUCGCUCCGCCUCGACUGCUCGGCCGCUGUCGUUGACGAUAACGAGAAAACCCUGUCUCUGGGAUUACAGACACUACGAUCCCUGAAGUGCGUCAUAAAUCUGGAGAAGCGGCACCUCGUCGUGGGGAAGACAGACCGAGAGGAAAUCCCAUUUGUGGAGAGCAAGGUCCCCUCGAAUGAAGACAACACUUCUGAGGCGUAACGACAAAGUGCGACACACACACAAACACAACACACAUAUCUACACACACACAAUUUCUCUCUCUCUCUCUCUAAAACACCCACACCAGCCUGGCAGCUCAGAAAAACCACUGAGCUCAGUCCAGAUGCAGCAGCGAGCGUCAGCCGUGUGCCAUAUUGAUGACGUCUUUCCGUGUGAGCCCGCAGUCAGUAACUAGCUUCGUGGAGCUGGAGCACUGCAUUAGAGAUCUCGUAUCGUCUCACCUCUGGUUUUGAUAUUUAAUCGCGUGCUUGAUUUCCGAAUUGCUCACACCGCCCUGUUUUGGCUCUUUUGAGGAUCUCCUGCGUAAAGAAACAGGGCGGCGCUCUUGAAUAGCUGUUUUCUCUAGGCCGAGUUUUAUUUAGCUGUGAGUGGAGGCUCCCGGGAUUAGAGUUCUUACACUAGGUGUGGUGUGCUUAAUUUUCCGGUGGCUAAGAAUUAAAAAGCGGUUGAUCGAUCUCAUCCCAUAAAAAGAACCCAAAAUAGAGUAACACCUUCCCCUCCUUCUGCGAAGGAUCGUGCUUGGGGAGAGAAAGCAUCUCUGAGAUAGAAAGGGAAAGAGGGAGAACAGGCUUGCUGUUUUCAGAGGACUACGAGGUUAGUAGUAGGAAUGGUCACAUAUUGGGUACCCCCUGAGUAUAAUGGUCUGUAAUAAGUGCUUAACAAAUACUA